AUUAUUAUUAUAAUAAAAACAAUAAUUACAGUACUAAUACUACUAAUAUUAACACUAACAAGCACAAUAGAAGAAUCUGUGUGACAUCAUAAAGGAGGGUUCUAACUUGGUACAUUCCGAGACUAUAAAAGGCCCACGAGCAGCAGCUCCUCUUCAGUCUCUUCAGAGCUACCGCUGAGAACACACCACUGUCUUUAGACACCCAAGUAAGUUUGACCAAACCCUUUUUGUCGCUGAAAUGGUGAACAGAAGAAACGUGUCGUGGUACGACUCACAUCUACACCCAGGAGAAAUGGAUUAUGAGUCAGACAUGGACUUUGUUUCUGACUAUGGGGAUGAAAACUCAGAACUACUCUCAGAAACUGAAGAGAUGGAAAAUGAUAUGUUUGAUGAAACAGAACAUACAUGCGUCUUUGAUGCUGAGAUAGAGUCUCUUCACUAUGAGACUAAAUUACCUGCUGAACUGGAGUUCCCUGGAUCUGAGACGGUCGACUCUGAUUCAGAGACGAUGGUCCCUAGACCUCAGACGGUUCAGCAGGAAUUAGCUGGUUUUAAACGCCCAAGAAAGCCACAACAACACCUUACUUUCGCUGAAAUGAUGAACAGCACAGACAUCUCCUGGUACGACUUCUGUGUCAACCCUGUAAACAUGGAGUAUGAUUUAGUCAUCGACUUUGGUGAGGACGAAAAGUCAGAUCUACUUUUUAAAACUAAAGAGAUGAAGUCUCAGAUGACAGAACAAACAUCGGUCUUUGAUGCUGAGAAGGAGUUCUCUGAAUCUGAGACGGUUGUCCCUAGACCUCAGUCGGUUCAGCAGGAAUUAGCUAAUUUUAAACGCCCAAGUGAGGCAGAACAAACCCUUACUUUAGUUGAAAUGACGAACAGCACAAACAUGUCCUGGUACGACUUAUGUGUCAACAACGUAGAAGUGGAUUAUGAUUUAGUCAUCGACUUUAGUUCUGAUGGUGAGGACGAAAAGUCAGAUCUACUGUCUACAACUAAAGAGAUGGAGUCUGAGAUGCCAGAACAAACAUCGGUCUUUGAUGCGGAGAAAGAGUCUCUUCCUAAUGAGACUCAUUCAUCUGCUGACCUGGAGUUCUCUGGAUCUGAGAUGGUUGUCCCUAGACCUCAGACGGUUCAGCAGGAAUUAGCUGAUUUUAAAAGCAGGCAAAUCGAUGAACUUUUGAAACAAGUGGAUCAUUUGAAAGAAAAACUGCAGAAUACAAAUACUUGUUUCAAUCAGGAGAAGGAGAAGAGGCUUGCUGCAGAGAACCAGUGUGAAAAACUGGAGGAACGACAUUUGGACUUAGAAGCGAUGUUUAGCAGAGAAAAAGAUGAGAAAGUCAGCGUAGAACAGAAGUUGACCGACAAGCUGGAGAAUUUAAAGGAGCAGCUUUCAGAAAAGAACGUUUUCAUCAAAAAUCUGCAAACAGAUUUAGAUCAAGAACGUCGGUUCAGACUCGUUAGUGUCCAGGAGCAGAAGAACGCCCAGCGUAAAGUCACCGUCAACGAGAACUAUAAGAAGGAGAUCAAAGAUCUUAAGAAAAGAACCAGUGACCUCUCUGAGAUGCUGGACAACAUUAAAACGGAUAUGAAGUACAGAGAGAGGAUACUUCUGGAUGAGCGAAAUGAUUUUAAACAUCAGCUCAAACAGAAGAAUCUGAUCUGUGAAAGUUUAGAGAAACGUUUGAACAAAGAAAACGAGCUCCGCCUGACCUGUGAGGAAGAACUCAAAAAAACUAAAGAUCAAAUGAGUUCAAUGAACGGAAAUCUCAAGAAGGAGAUCAACGAUCUGACACAGAGCAACUCAGAACUCAGAGUGGUCGUGGAAAACCUGACCGCUGAAAACGCUGCUUCUCACCAGGAGUUGGCUGAGCAGCAGGAGAGAGUCAAACAUCAACUCCAGGAUAAAUCUGUCGUCUGUGACCUUCUGAAACAAGUGGAUCAUUUGAAAGAAAAAGUGCAGAAUACAAAUACUUGUUUCAAUCAGGAGAAGGAGAAGAGGCUUGCUGCAGAGAACCAGUGUGUGCUUUACAAGGAGCAAACUAAAGAGAUGGAGAACGGUUUGGUUGAGCAGCAACAAAAGCUGGUGGCUUUAGAAAAGCAGUUACAGGAGCAGAAAAACGUGAAUGAAGACUUACAAAAAAUCUGCUCAGAUCUAAAAGGCGAGACAGACGAGUCCCGUUUUUCUGGAGUCUCGAGAGACGUUCUGAUCGAGAACUUUGAAAAACUGGAGGAACGACAUUUGGACUUAGAAGUGAUGUUUAGCAGAGAAAAAGAUGAGAAAAUCAGCGUAGAACAGAAGUUGACUGACAAGCUGGAGAAUUUAAAGGAGCAGCUUUCAGAAAAGAACGUUUUCAUCAAAAAUCUGCAAACAGAUUUAGAUCAAGAACGUCGGUUCAGACUCGUUAGUGUCCAGGAGCAGAAGAACGCCCAGCAUAAAGUCACCGUCAACGAGAACUUUAAGAAGGAGAUCAAAGAUCUUAAGAAAAGGAACGGUGACCUCUCUGAGAUGCUGGACAACAUUAAAACGGAUCUGAAGAACGGAGAGAGGAAACUUCUGGAAGAGCAAAAUGAUUUCAAGCAUCAGCUCAAACAGAAGAAUCUGAUCUGUGAAAGUUUAGAGAAACGUUUGAACAAAGAAAACGAGCUCCGCCUGACCUGUGAGGAAGAACUCAAAAAAACUAAAGAUCAAAUGAGUUCAAUGAACGGAAAUCUCAAGAAGGAGAUCAACGAUCUGAAAAGGAGGAACACAGAUCUCAGUCAGACGCUGAGAAGUGGUCAGGCUGUAGUAACUAAAUCAGAACAGAUGUUUGAGGAUCUGCAGAAGUUUAAGCAGCUGCUCCAUGAAAAAAUGUCCGUCUGUGAAGAACUUAGCAGAUGUCUUGACAUGGAGAAGCAGCUCAGAGUUAGCUACGAGGCUCAGCUGGACUCUAACAGGGCAAUAGUCUGUGAGAACUCAGAUCUUAAAGAGCAGAUCAAAGAUCUGACACAGAGCAACUCAGAACUCAGAGUGGUCGUGGAAAACCUGACCGCUGAGAACGCUGCUUCUCACCAGGAGUUGGCUGAGCAGCAGGAGAGAGUCAAACAUCAACUCCAGGAUAAAUCUGUCGCCUGUGACCUUCUGAAACAAGUGGAUCAUUUGAAAGAAAAAGUGCAGAACAGAAAUACUUGUUUCAAUCAGGAGAAGGAGAAGAGGCUUGCUGCAGAGAACCAGUGUGCGCUUUACAAGGAGCAAACUAAAGAGAUGGAGAACGGUUUGGUUGAGCAGCAACAAAAGCUGGUGGCUUUAGAAAAGCAGUUACAGGAGCAGAAAAACGUGAAUGAAGACUUACAAAAAAUCUGCUCAGAUCUUAAAGGCGAGACAGACGAGUCCCGUUUUUCUGGAGUCUCGAGAGACGUUCUGAUCGAGAACUUUGAAAAACUGGAGGAACGACAUUUGGACUUAGAAGUGAUGUUUAGCAGAGAAAAAGAUGAGAAAAUCAGCGUAGAACAGAAGUUGACUGACAAGCUGGAGAAUUUAAAGGAGCAGCUUUCAGAAAAGAACGUUUUCAUCAAAAAUCUGCAAACAGAUUUAGAUCAAGAACGUCGGUUCAGACUCGUUAGUGUCCAGGAGCAGAAGAACGCCCAGCAUAAAGUCACCGUCAACGAGAACUUUAAGAAGGAGAUCAAAGAUCUUAAGAAAAGGAACGGUGACCUCUCUGAGAUGCUGGAUAACAUUAAAACGGAUCUAAAGAACGGAGAGAGGAAACUUCUGGAAGAGCAAAAUGAUUUCAAGCAUCAGCUCAAACAGAAGAAUCUGAUCUGUGAAAGUUUAGAGAAACGUUUGAACAAAGAAAACGAGCUCCGCCUGACCUGUGAGGAAGAACUCAAAAAAACUAAAGAUCAAAUGAGUUCAAUGAACGGAAAUCUCAAGAAGGAGAUCAACAAUCUGAAAAGGAGGAACACAGAUCUCAGUCAGACGCUGAGAAGUGGUCAGGCUGUAGUAACUAAAUCAGAACAGAUGUUUGAGGAUCUGCAGAAGUUUAAGCAGCUGCUCCAUGAAAAAAUGUCCGUCUGUGAAGAACUUAGCAGAUGUCUUGACAUGGAGAAGCAGCUCAGAGUUAGCUACGAGGCUCAGCUGGACUCUAACAGGGCGAUAGUCUGUGAGAACUCAGAUCUUAAAGAGCAGAUCAAAGAUCUGACACAGAGCAACUCAGAACUCAGAGUGGUCGUGGAAAACCUGACCGCUGAGAACGCUGCUUCUCACCAGGAGUUGGCUGAGCAGCAGGAGAGAGUCAAACAUCAACUCCAGGAUAAAUCUGUCGCCUGUGACCUUCUGAAACAAGUGGAUCAUUUGAAAGAAAAAGUGCAGAACAGAAAUACUUGUUUCAAUCAGGAGAAGGAGAAGAGGCUUGCUGCAGAGAACCAGUGUGCGCUUUACAAGGAGCAAACUAAAGAGAUGGAGAACGGUUUGGUUGAGCAGCAACAAAAGCUGGUGACUUUAGAAAAGCAGUUACAGGAGCAGAAAAACGUGAAUGAAGACUUACAAAAAAUCUGCUCAGAUCUUAAAGGCGAGACAGACGAGUCCCGUUUUUCUGGAGUCUCGAGAGACGUUCUGAUCGAGAACUUUGAAAAACUGGAGGAACGACAUUUGGACUUAGAAGUGAUGUUUAGCAGAGAAAAAGAUGAGAAAAUCAGCGUAGAACAGAAGUUGACUGACAAGCUGGAGAAUUUAAAGGAGCAGCUUUCAGAAAAGAACGUUUUCAUCAAAAAUCUGCAAACAGAUUUAGAUCAAGAACGUCGGUUCAGACUCGUUAGUGUCCAGGAGCAGAAGAACGCCCAGCAUAAAGUCACCGUCAACGAGAACUUUAAGAAGGAGAUCAAAGAUCUUAAGAAAAGGAACGGUGACCUCUCUGAGAUGCUGGACAACGUUAAAACGGAUCUGAAGAACGGAGAGAGGAAACUUCUGGAAGAGCAAAAUGAUUUCAAGCAUCAGCUCAAACAGAAGAAUCUGAUCUGUGAAAGUUUAGAGAAACGUUUGAACAAAGAAAACGAGCUCCGCCUGACCUGUGAGGAAGAACUCAAAAAAACUAAAGAUCAAAUGAGUUCAAUGAACGGAAAUCUCAAGAAGGAGAUCAACGAUCUGAAAAGGAGGAACACAGAUCUCAGUCAGACGCUGAGAAGUGGUCAGGCUGUAGUAACUAAAUCAGAACAGAUGUGUGAGGAUCUGCAGAAGUUUAAGCAGCUGCUCCAUGAAAAAAUGUCCAUCUGUGAAGAACUUAGCAGCAGUCUGGACAUGGAGAAGCAGCUCAGAGUUAGCUACGAGGCUCAGCUGGACUCUAACAGGACGAUAGUCGGUGAGAACUCAGAUCUUAAAGAGCAGAUCAAAGAUCUGACACAGAGCAACUCAGAACUCAGAGUGGUCGUGGAGAACCUGACCGCUGAGAACGCUGCUUCUCACCAGGAGUUGGCUGAACAGCUGGAGACAGUCAAACAUCAACUCCAGGAUAAAUCUGUAGUCUGUGAAAACCUGGAAACAGGUUUCACCAACGAACAGAAGCUCAGACUCCAGCUGUACCAGCAACUCCAGGAAACAUCUGGCCUGUGUGAGAGCCUGGAAAACCAGCUUAGAGAUGAGCAGAAGAUCAGACUUGGUUUGGAGACUGAGCUCGCCCAAAACAGAGACGUGGUCAGUGCAGGUCACGAUGAUCUGACGACCAAACUAAAACAGAUGGAGGAAAAAGAAACAAAACUCCGUAAAGCCGUCGCUAAGCUCCAGUUAGAUCUGUUUAGAAGCAAAAAGCAGCACGAGGAAGAGUUGGGAAUCCUGAAGGAACAAGCCUCUGAACUCGAGUCACUGACUACAAAUCUGGAAAGUCAAAAUCAGAUCUUGAGACAGAAGACUGAACGUGUUAACCCAGAUCAGCAAACCAAAGCGAUCAGUGAGCAGAACGUGGACGCUGCAGAAGGAAACGAGAGUCUUCCUGCUGAAAACGACUCUUUAGCAGAAAGCCUCGAGUCCCAGAGAGACGCUCCACACUCAGACACAAAAAAACAGGAAAAAGUUUCUGUGUGGAGGCAUUUCAAGAAAUUUGUAACCCCGGGAUGUCUCCGUCAGCACAAAAACAAACAACCUAUUUGGCCUGAUGGUGGCGCUAGAGAACAGACCACAGAACAGCGCUACGCCCUCUGUUGUCCUGCCGGACAAUUGCUUUGCAACACUCUCCAGGAGACGGAGAAGCAUGAGAGCAAAACGCUUCCAUCAAUCCGUGAGUGUCUUGAUAAACGAGGCCCCAGGUCUUGGUACAGCUUUUGCUCUCCUCAGCAACACAAGGAGUUAAAGGCACUGCUGGAAUGUUUCCUCUGUGGGGGCCGGCUGCCUCGGGGGCAGCAGUGGGCUGUGGCGGCCGGGGUGCUUCCCAUGUCUACUCUUGCCAAGGCUAUUGCUGCCAGUCUUGGUGCUCCCGGUGCACUUGCUCACAUCUACUUCAGCCCCCCUGUGGUUUCGUCAGCACCACUUUUCCACCCUGACAGGAUGUCUCUGUGGUCGUAUUUGUGA